UUUCUCUGAUUUUUUUUUUUUCACUCCUUUUAUGGCAAAUCUAUAUAAAACCGUCAUUGUUUAUGAAAUUUAAAUCAGUUCGAACAAAUCAACAUGAAGACUUUCAUCAUUUUAUUACUCUCUGUAGCCGCAGUUUCGGCAGCAGCAACCAAUCCAAGCAAUGCUCCCGUUUACGAGGCGAGCCUGAACGAAUACAUUGACAAUGUGAUCGGUACUUUGCAGGAGUACAUUAGGAGUAACAAUAUCGAACCAGUUUCGAUUACCAAUAUUACGCAAAGCUUCUCCGAGAAACCCCUCUGGAUCACCUACAGCGGUCGUCUUUCCUUGUUCGACGGCGGAGUUACGGGUUUGGUAACGCUCAGACGUUACGGUGACGUCGAGUUGGUCUACUCGAACAAAGUGCUGAUUUUCACAGCCAAUCUCGGCGUGGACAGACUGAUGGUCAACUACAACUACCAGGCAAAACUUCUUUCGAUCAAGAGCCACGGUGGUGCCAGCGGAACCGUGAAAAACAUUGACGCUACGAUCAGCUUCACCUUAGAUUUGGAAAAUUACAAAGUCAGUCUGAACACAUUCAACGUGAACAAUGUAGGAAAAGUAUCCGUGAAAUUGACGGGAAAUAAGGUGACCGAUUGGCUCGCGAGCAUAAUCACGAACAUCGUUGUCUCUGCAAUAAAAGACAAGGCGAUCACAACCGUCGAAGGCAAAGUGAGUUCGGGCCUGACUUCCGUUUUGGAAAACGUCAAUACCGUCAUCGCUCCCAGGCCAUGGUGAAAUGUUAUACCAAAAAAUUUGGUGACACGAUUUUAUCAUUACCCAAAAUAAAUUGAAUCUUUGCAA